GCGCUUCCGCCGGUCGGACUUCCCAGCAUUCCCUUCCUUACGUUGGUCUCUUCUUUUCUGUUCAAGCUGUCGUGAUGUCUCACCGAAAGUUUUCGGCCCCGAGACAUGGCUCUAUGGGCUUUGUGCCCAAGAAGCGAAGCAAGCGUCAUCGUGGAAAGGUAAAGGCUUUCCCGAAGGAUGACCCAUCCAAGCCCGUCCAUCUGACGGCCUUCCUGGGAUUCAAGGCAGGCAUGACCCACAUCGUGCGUGAAGUGGACAAGCCCGGCUCCAAGGUGAACAAGAAGGAAGUGGUGGAGCCAGUCACCAUCCUGGAGACUCCUCCCCUGGUGAUCGUCGGCGUGGUCGGCUACAUGGAGACCCCCAAGGGCAUGCGCUCCUUCAAGACCGUCUGGGCCGAGCACCUGAGCGAGGAGUGCCGCCGUCGCUUCUACAAGAACUGGUACAAGUCCAAGAAGAAGGCCUUCACCAAGUCCAGCAAGAAGUGGCAGGACGAGACGGGCAAGAAGGAGAUUGACCGGGACUUCAAGAAGAUGAAGAAGUACUGCACCUCCAUCCGCGUGCUCGCCCACACCCAGAUGAAGCUGAUGAGGCGCCGCCAGAAGAAGGCCCACAUCAUGGAGAUCCAGGUGAACGGGGGCACCGUCGGAGCCAAGAUCAAGUGGGCCCGGGAGCACCUGGAGAAGCAGAUCCCGGUCACCCAGGUCUUCGCCCAGGACGAGAUGAUCGACGUCAUCGGAGUCACCAAGGGCAAGGGCUUCAAGGGGGUCACCAGCCGUUGGCACACCAAGAAGUUGCCCCGCAAGACUCACAAGGGUCUGCGGAAGGUGGCCUGUAUCGGAGCGUGGCAUCCGAGCAGGGUCCAGUUCACUGUGGCCCGUGCCGGUCAGAAGGGUUACCACCACCGCACGGAGAUCAACAAGAAGAUCUACCGCAUUGGCCAGGGGAUCCACAAGAAGGACGGCAAGCUGGUGAUGAACAACGCCUCCACCGACUACGACACCUCCAACAAGAGCAUCACCCCCAUGGGCGGUUUUCCUCACUACGGAGAGGUGAACUGCGAUUACGUCAUGGUCAAGGGGUGCAUCAUGGGACCCAAGAAGAGGGUCAUCACCAUGAGGAAGUCGUUGCUGGUGCACACCAAGAGGACUGCCCUGGAGAAGAUCAACCUCAAGUUCAUCGACACGUCGUCCAAGUUUGGUCACGGCCGCUUCCAGACCGCCGCGGAGAAGCUCAGUUUCAUGGGCCCCCUCAAGAAGGACAGGCUCAAGGAAGAAGUGGCAGCUUGAGGUGGACAAUAAAGAACAGUUUUGUUGCAAA